AUGUCGUCUACUCCUCAUGAUUCUCCUCUACAUGAUUCUCCUCUACACGAUUAUCCUCUUCACGAUUCUCCUCUUUAUGAUUCUCAUCUUCACGAUUCUCUACAAUUGGAUAGUAACGAGUUUUGCACAACCUUGAAAUUUCCUGGGAGGGUUUAUGAAGCUGUAGAAACACCAGAUAAUCCCAAAGUGAUAAUCCAUUACUCAAAGAUUGAUUAUAUCGAGAAGGUGGAAGAUAUAUUAGGAAAAAAAGAGUUCUCUUUGAUAGAGAACUCUCAAAUUGGGAGCAUUUUGAAGUUGGUUAAAAGGAAUAGGGUUCAAUUUUCAGAAGAGUUGUUCCAUUUUCUAAUGCAGCGAAGAGUAUUGACGGAAGGAGAGGAUCUCUGGUUUACUUUCUCGGACCAGCCUAUGAGGUUUUUACUAAGGGAAUUUCAUCUGACAACAGGCUUACGUUGUGAGGAAAAUCAGACAAUAACAGAGCCGCAGUUCAAAAUAAUGAAGAAGCCAUACAUUUGGAUGCUGGGCAAGAUUGAUAAGUUUACGGUGAGAAUGUUGUAUGAAAUGUUUAAAGAGAAAACACGAAGCAUGCCAACACUAGAAAGAUUAUCCCUUGGAACAGCAAUAAUCACAGAAGCGGAGAUAGUUAUGAGUGGUUUUGCGCUAGCCAUAAAUCUGUGGGCAAUGUCAUCAGUGAAUGUGCUUGGUAAAUCUUUAGGAAAGCCAUGCGAGACAUCCUCUUCUUCUGAUCCGUUGUGUCUACAUUGGGACUCAACAAGAACUCCGACAACAACUGAAGUGUUAGAGCUGGAGAACAUAAACAAUGUUGAGGUUAGCACAGUGAUUGGAUUGGCCGAGGAAUACAAAAAUUUGGUGGGGGCAACACAUAGUGACGAUGCUGAGUUUCACAGUGUUGUGAAACUAGUUCAACAAGGAUAUAAAAUGAGGAGAAGCGAUUGGGAGAAAGGUUUUGUGGGUAUGUUUGUUGCAACAGAAGAUAUAGGCCAACAACGCAAGACAAAAGACGAAGAUGCAGAGCAUGGUGAAGAUCUGAACCAUAAUGAAGAUGAAGAGGAAAAGACAGAUGAAAAGGAAAAUAAAGAUGAAGAGUAUCAAAAGGUUAAGGAGCAAAGAAAAGAUAAAAAUCAUUCCAUGUCUAACAGCGAAAAACUUGAUAAGCUAAUCCAAAUGGUUCGUGAUUUAGAUAAGCGGGUAGUAAUGAUCCAGAAUGUUUUAGGAGUUAAGUUUAACGACGGUUUAACAAACAAAGAAGAUUGUGAAAAUGGAGCUAGUUCUGGUGAUAGAAGAAGUGCACAAGAUUAUGAAAAUGAAGAAGAUACAAUUGAUGAAGAAACAAACUCAGGUGAUAAAAAAAUGCACCAGAUGAUGAAAAUGAAGAAGAUACAAUUGCGGAAGAAGCAAACUCUGGGGAUGGAAGAAGUGCACUGGAUGAAGAAAAUGAAAAAGAGAUAUGUGAUGAAGAAGCGAAAUCUGGUUCUUAUGAGAGAUGUUUGUGAGAUUCAUGUUUUCCAACCCCUAUUGAAAAUUAAAAAGAGAUUGGUACAACAAGACAGCCAGGUAAACAAAGAUGUUGAGCCUCCACUUCAAAAGAAGUUUAAAGCUGAUACAGAUAAUGUUUCACUAAGAAGAAUUGAAAGAGGUCAAAUACCAUCCAUUCAUACACAACCACCGUUUACAGGAGCAAGAAAGAAACAUCCGAUUCUUCAUCCAUUUGAGCCAGUUGAUAAAACAAGAAAAGAAAAGAUGAGAGAAUGGAAAAUGUCAAACAAAAGAAAGAAACUGAGAAUCAAUCAAGAGAUAGUAACCGCAAAGUGGUUUUCGGAUAUUGAAACUCCGGGGAAAAAGCUUUCAAAAACGCAUAUUGAAGCAGGUUUUGAAUUGCUGAAACUGAGACAGAUAAACAAUCCAGAUUUGUUUCUGAACAAAACUUCCUUAGUUGUUGGAGUGAAGUUUCUUGAAGAAAUAGAUGAGUUUUAUGAUGAGUUUUUAGAUGACAAGAAAAGUUUCCAAAUUGGAGCAGGCUUUGACAAGUACAACAUAGAGAAGAAUAUCAACUUCCUCUAUUCGGCCAUUGCAGUAGCAGAGAAGUAUUGGCUUGGAGUUGUAGUCAACUUGGAGAAGAGAAGUAUCACAACAUUCAAUUGUGCAGCAAUGAAGUUCACAGAUGCGAGUUUGGUCCUUUACGUUAAUGCAUAUGCGAUGGCUCUCCCAUUCAUGAUUCGCAACUUCUUCAAAGAUGUCAGCAUGGAUACAAGCAAGUCCUCGAUAAAAAUUGUAUCUGAAGGUUUCCCAAAGGUUCUUAAAAUAGAAGACAUUGGAGUUUAUGCAUUGAAGCUUAUAGAGUGCCAUGCAAUGCGUAUAGUGGACAUGACAAAGCUGAGUGAAGAAAAAAUUGCAAUCAUCCGAGAAAAGUUGGCGGUUGAUAUCUUCUCGGAAUUACAAUGA